UUAUUUCCCCCUCAACUCAAUCUCUCACUUCAAAAACCGCUUUUCUAAACCACGCUUCUUUCUUUACUCACUUGAGAGGGAGACACUCUCUUCUCUCUGCUACUGAUCUGUACUCUCUUCGACUUCAUGUGUAGCUGAAAGCCGCUGACACAAAUGGCGUUUCACGACCACGAAAUGGCUUUCGAGUCUUUUGGUGACCACGAAAACAGAGAAAUGCAACAGCGGCUCUCCGUGUCCGGAGGAUCGGGAGCGCCCACGUGGCUCAGUGACGCGAUUCUCCGGAGAAACGACGACGAAGAGGACGACGUAGGUCCGGCGACCAUGCCGCCGGGUGCUGAGGGCGCCAACGAGAGCGACCGAGAGUGGGAGAGCACCAGGCACAAGGCGGAGAUAGCGACGCACCCGCUGUACGACCGUCUGCUGGCGGCUCACGUGGCCUGCCUGAGGAUCGCCACCCCGGUCGACCAGCUGUCGAGGAUCGACGAGCAGGUCGAGCAGUCGAGGCGCGUGCUGGCUAAGUACUCGCUGCUCCCAAACGGCGCGGUGGACGAAAAGGAGCUCGAUCAGUUUAUGACACAUUAUGUUCUAUUGCUCUGUUCCUUUAAAGAACAAUUGCAACAGCAUGUCCGUGUUCAUGCCAUGGAAGCAGUAAUGUCUUGUUGGGAGCUCGAGCAGUCUCUACAAAGCCUAACAGGGGUAUCUCCAGGAGAAGGUACAGGUGCUACAAUGUCUGAUAAUGAAGAUGACCAAGCCGAUAGUGACACCAACUUGUAUGAUGGAAGUCUGGAUGGGCUCGACAGCAUGGGGUUUGGUCCUCUCAUCCCAACUGAAAAUGAGAGGUCCUUGAUGGAGCGUGUAAGGCAAGAACUGAAACAGGAGCUAAAACAGGGUUACAAGGAGAAGAUCGUAGAUGUCAGAGAGGAGAUUCUACGUAAGAGAAGAGCAGGAAAACUGCCAGGUGACACCACCUCCCUCUUAAAAGCUUGGUGGCAAUCACAUUCUAAGUGGCCAUACCCAACGGAAGAAGACAAAGCAAGGUUGGUGCAGGAAACUGGCUUGCAAUUAAAGCAAAUAAAUAACUGGUUCAUAAAUCAAAGAAAAAGGAAUUGGCAUAUUAAUCCUUCACCUUCUACUGUUUUGAAGAGCAAACGCAAGAGAAGUAAUGCAGGUGAAACCAGCAACCAGCAAUGUUAAUUGGACGGAUUGGAUGAGAAACUAUAUAUCGUUGUGUCCAAAUCUUUUGGAAGUUUAGCGUCGGAUCACCCCAUUUUGAUAGAUAGAACUGCAUGCAAGUAAAGAUGUCAAGCUAUUUGCAGAUCUUUAUCUGGCUCAUAUGGACUUAGCUGCCACCUGUUACCUAUGGGCGUUUUGACCUAUGCACUGAUCAGUUGCAGUCGGACAGGUAUGCUUGAGGGCAUUCCCAUAAAUAUGAUAUCUGUACCACAAUCUCAUCCAAGAGUUUUGAACUUGAAGCAUAUGACCGGAAGAAAUACAUGUGGAUAGCCUUUUUGAACACCUGCCUGUGGAUCUAGGUAGCAUUUUUUGUACCACGUGACUCUAGGUUUAUUGUUUCUGCUUUUGGCUUCUUCAUCUGAAAAUGAUAAUGGCUAUAAGUUAUGGGUGUA